UAAAUAUGUACCAGAUUGCAAUGAGAGAUGCCCAAUGGAUUUAUAAUUCAUGGAUGAUGAAUAGAAAUUAUAAUCUUCAUAAUUUCUGUUUCUGCAAAACUCAGGACAAAAAUCCAUACCACCAAGAUAUUUCUGCACCCAGGAUGACAGAGAUUUUAAUACCUCAGACUGAUUGUUGAACACAUGCAAUGGAAGAGAAGUCUGACGAAGAAGCUGUAUGCGAACCAAUUAUAAAACUUAAUAAAAAAGAUAUCUCACAGUCCCAAGGCAAAGAGACCUUUGAAAAAUUUCUCUAUGAACAAAUUGAUGCAGGCUAUUCAGUGCAGUUCUUAUCAACGAUGAAUCUCUCUAAGAAAGAAGUCAAGGAAAUCGAAAGAGGCUUUACUAAUUCCAAAUCAAGGAAAGACGUCAUUUAUAAGGCAAUCCUCAGAUUCUUUAGAAGAACUUGCCAGAUGGAUAUAAGGCAAAUGAAAUGCUCUAUUUGUAGAAAAGAAAAUGAGGUAGAUCUUCUGUGCCUUCACACUGAUGAAAACUCAAUAGAUUAUUUGAGUUCUGAGUUUGGUAUCCCUGUGACUCCUGAGCUAGUCGAAAUAUUUAGAGUGAUAAUAUCAUUCGGCUCUGUUGCAUCUCAUGCAGAUUCUCCUGCCUAUGAAUUCACUAGUGUGUUCAAACCCUUAAUGGUAAAAUUUAAUCGCAAAAAACUUCAAAAAGUAUUAUCAAACAAAUAUUUUGCAAUUAUUUUCCUCAAAUUCUGGCAAAAAGCUGAAUCGUUCCAAAAGAUGGUGAGCUGUCUCAACACAAAGAGAGAAGAAGAGGUCGAUGAAGAAGCAUACACCUAUUAUCUCCAGAAAUUAAUGCAUAGCUGUUCAGAGACUCUACAGGGAUCAAUACCAUAA